AACGACACAUUUCUUUCCUCCUGGCAUUUCUUCUCUGUCUAUUCCAAGUUCCAACACAGAGAUUAGACGCACGGGUCCUCCAUUUCUUCUUCCCCAAUUCCUUCCUUUCAUUUUUCAAUUCGAAGUUGGAGGUUUCCCCAAUUCUAUCGGACGCGGAAGAUGUCGUCGUAUGCCGGGUUAUUUGGCGGCGGCGGCGGCGGCGGAGACGGACACGGCCGCGGCGGCGUUCGGCAGAACUAUUUCUGCUACCAAUGCGAGGGAACGGUGUCCCUCACUCCGUUGCCCCCCGACUCCGAACUCGUUUGCCCUAAUUGCAACGGCACCUUCUUGGAGGAAGCGGAAACUGCCCCGCCUACAAACCCUAGCGACGUCAAUCCUUUUUUCGCGGAAAUGGAUGAUUUCCCGUUUGGCCUUGGAGGUGCGGGAGGAGGUGGUGACGGCCUCAUGUUCUCCACGGCCUCAUCCGGUGGUGGGAUUGCGCUGGAUGAUCUUUCCGCUUUGUUCGGUGGCGUGGCAGCAAGUCGAUCCCCCAAUCAAUUCCAUCCCAUCGUUUUCCUCCAGAACUAUGUGCAAUCCUUGAGGGCAGAUGGUUCUAAUAUUCAUUUAGUUUUUGAAAACAGUGGCGACGGAGGCGGCGGCGGCUUUGGCAUUCCAGGGAACCUUGGAGAUUACUUUGUGGGUCCCGGGUUUGAACAAUUGAUCCAACAGCUUAUGGAGAAUGAUCCCAACCGUUAUGGUACGCCUCCUGCUUCCAAAUCUGCUAUGGAAGGGCUUCCUGAUAUCAAGAUCUCCCAGGAGAUACUUGCCUCAGAUUCCUCUCAGUGUGCUGUUUGCAAAGAUGGUUUUGAACUCGAUGAGGAUGCUAAACAAAUGCCUUGCAAGCAUAUAUACCAUAAGGGUUGCAUUUUGCCAUGGCUUGAGUUGCAUAAUUCAUGCCCAGUAUGCCGAUAUGAGUUGCCCACUGAUGACCCUGAUUAUGAGAAUAGGAGAUCCUCCCAGCAGCAAACUGGAAACAUAAACAGUGGUGGCAUGGGUCUUGGGGGCUUGGGAGGUGGAGGAAAUCAGGAGAAUCCUCAGGCACCAAGGACAGUGGAAAGGCAAAGGUUGUUUAGGGUUUCUAUUCCAUGGCUGUUUGGAGGCUAUGGAUCCCCUGCAGAGACCAGCAAUACGGGAGGGAAUGGAAAUAAUAAUGGAGGAACAAACAAUAACAAUGGAGGAAACAGAGACAACAGGGAUGAUGCUGGUCGCCGUAGUGGUUGAAGGCGCGAGAACUAGAGCAGGAUGCUCAAUUAUGUAUGAAGUUAGAGAAAAAGGAAUGCAAUAUACUGUGAGUAGUGAUACAUGUGUUUCUUCUACUUUAUAUUGUUUGAUGGACUAUUUUCUCCUUGUACACAUUCUUCAAAACAUGCAUUUGUCCUUUUCCUUUUUGCAUCAUUUAGAACUUUGAAUCGCCAAAAAGCACCACAUAUUCCUCCCUUUUUUGCAUUGUUGUGUUCCUUUUCUCAUGUUUUGCCCUUUAACAAAUCCUUGGUUUCUAG